AUGCGCGACCGUCGUCCGCGCGCGCGUCCCGUCAAGAGCGCGCUCGGGCGAUGUAUAUUGCCCGUGUGCGUCUUCUUCGCUCUCUUUUGGCUCUCGCGCGCGUCGUCAGAGACGGAGACGGGGACGAUUACGGCGUCGGGCGCAUCGUUAUCGAAAUCUUCGACAUCGACACAGAAGCGCGACGCUGGAUCGUGUGACGUUCAUGCGCCGACGCGGUUGAGACAGCGCGAGCGCAGGGAACGUUUAUUCGGAUGGGGUCGAGCACAGGGCGCUCUGCGCCUUCUUCGAGGGGACGGCAUUGAGAUCAAGUUGCGCAACGCGGGAAGAAGCGCGGGACGAGGCGCGGUGAAUAGACUGGAUAAAUACGGAUUCUUCGUCACGGAUCCGGUCCUGAGCGAGAGCGAGGCGGACAUCACAAGAGCGCAUCUAUUGGAUCUGUUGCGAUCUUCGAAGACGUACGCGGAAGAUGAAGGAUGUCUGGGAGAUUUGGCGGACUGCACGGAGCGGUUCGAUUUGUCGCUUCGUCUCACGAAGACGGUUACGCGAGCGGUGAACUCAAUCGUGUCCAAGCUCAAGCCGGCGCUCGUGGAGAUAUUCGAUAGUGAAGAUGCCGAGCUCGUGGAGUUGAGUGCGCUCAUCACGUGCGCUGGUUCGCCGGAGCAGCGCGUGCACAGCGACGCGGAUAGCAUUGGAAAUGGCGACCGUCUCAUCAGCGUGUUCGUCUCGCUCCAGGACACGACGGCCGAUUUGGGACCGACGAACGUAUUUUUCAACUCACCGAAUCCCAUUACCGACUUUGAUUAUUUCUCGGCGUCACAAAUGUUAAGGCGCGUCGCCGAGGAACUGAACAAUACGGAUACGAUUCGCGAACAUGGAUUGGGAGACUUGUACAUAAAUGCGACUGGAAUGCUUGACAUCACGAGCGAAGAGGGCGUAACCAAAGCAGAACUCGAUUUCUUCAACGCACAUGUCCGCGUCGAUGAGACAGAUAACACGAUCGCAUUCUAUCCGCCAUGGAGUGAUGCGGCGAGUGAUCGCCUUAUCUUGGGCGUCGUCGGGGCCACGCGCCAGGGGUCAGCGUUAGUGUAUGAUUCCAGAACAAGUCACAGGGGAGGGCGAAACACGCGCGGCGCGCGCGUGCAGCUUAUGUUUAGUUUUCAGUCCAAACGCGCGUUAAUUUCUGGAUCGACGUUCACGAUGCGCCGCCGGUAUCAGAGGGUCGAGCGAUUGCCAUUAACUCUCAUACAGCGCGCCACAAUGCGAGCUUUUGGGCAAGAGUUCAAAACGAGUCCCAAAGCUGGCGCCUGGACGCUUCGAACCGGUGGUAAGAUUCGUCUGCGGGACUUCCCCUUGCGCCCCGACGCGAGCGAUAGAGAGCGUGAAUGGGUCAACGAAGACCUCGUGCGCUCCACGAACAACGAGCGAGACUUUGACGUAGACGGUCUGCAUCUUGACGGCGCGGAUAUUUAG